UUCGUAGUCUGCAACAUACAUUUGAAUCAAAUGCUGGUUAGGAAAAUACAACAGACAUGGCAGAAUUUGUACAACAACGUCUUGAAGAAAGGCUCACUGAACUGGAACAACUCGAAAGAGUAGGAUUGUUUAACAAAGCCGAGAUAAAGGCUAUUGUGAAGAGAGUGAGGGGUCAUGAAUACAAGCUUGCAAGGAAGUCAAAAGAAAAAGAAGAUUUUCUCAGAUAUAUUCAGUAUGAAAUUAAUUUAUUAUCCCUAGUCACUAAAAGAAGAAAGAGAAUUGGCUAUUUCUUCAAGAAGGAAGAAAUUGAAUACAGCAUUGUGCAAAGAGUGAUCAACUUGUUCAAGAGAGCAUGUAGCCAUUACAAUGAUGACAUCAAGUUGUGGAUGUCAUAUAUUCAAUUCUGUAAGAAAUGGAAUAGACGUGCAGCACUAAGUAAAAUAUUUGCAAAGCUUGUCAAGAUACAUUCUAAUGUUGUUGGUUUAUGGAUUAUGGCUGCUAAGUUUGAAAUGGAAGAUCACAACUCGCCAGAUAGUGCUAGAGGUCUGUUACUCAGAGCACUGAGAUUUCAUCCUGAAUCCAGAAAACUUUGGGCUGAGUAUUUCAGAUUAGAACUUAUGAAUGCAGACAAGCUAAGAAAAAGAUGGCAUAUACUGCAAGAUGUAAAGUCUGUUGAGACGAGCAUUGUCGAGGAUGAAUUAAUGCAAGGCAAAGCUGCUAUAGUAGUUUAUAAAAAAGCUAUUCAAUCCAUGCCAGAUGAUAUAGAAUUUAGAUUUUCACUUCUACCAAUCUCCAGGGAGUUUGACUUUACUCAAGAUGUUCAAAAUGAAAUAUACAAUGAUCUCAAGAAAGAUCACCCAGAGAAUGAGUUAACAUGGAAUGCAUUAGCAAGAAGACAUCUUGUACAUGAGGAGAAGGUUAUAGCUGAUGCCAGGCAUCGAGAGAUGGAUCCAGAUUUAGCUGUGUUACAAAUGGAACAAAAAUGCUAUGGUGUGUUUGACAAAGCUGUGAAGAAAUUACCAACAAGAAAAAUGUGGACUCUUUAUGCAGAAACUUGCUUGGAAAGAAUAAGAGAGGGACAAUCAGAACACCUUUGUAACCAGCAUGUCUUAAGAGCAAUCAAACUGCUUUCUAGUAUAAAAUACCAGUUAUCAGAAGAACUCUAUGAACAGUGGGUUGAUGUGUUGAUAAAAGUUGGCAUGGUUGACAAAGCUAAGGAGGUAGCUGAGAUUGCUACCAAAUCUCAUAUCAAGUCUGUGAAACUAUGGUUACAGAGAUUGCAGUUAGUUAUCAAUGAUUGUAAACUAGGUGAUAAUAGUGGAACGGGGGAAGUAAUGGACCUGUUUGAUUAUGCUGCAUCUCAUGUUAAAUCAAAGCAGUCACAACCACUGUGGGAUUUAGGAUUAACUUGGUGUUUGGCUUGUAAUCCAGAUGAAGUUGAAGCAGUCUUUCAGCAUGGCAUAACUCAACACAAACAAGUAGCUCUACUUAUGAAGGAAAAAUAUUUAGAAUGGGCAGCAUUUUCUGGUGGAACUAUGAAAUGUCAGGAAAUAUACAAAAGGCUUAUAGCAUCAAAGCCAAUUGGCUUGAAUUUCUAUAUGAAGUAUAUAUCAAUUGAAUGUGGCAAGGCUAAACCAAAGAUUAUAAAAUUAAGGAAGUGUUAUGAAGCUGCCAUUCAAGAGUUUGGUGCUUCAAAUACUGACCUGUGGUUAUCGUAUGUUAAGUUAGAACUGACUCAUCCCAAAGGUAAAAAAGAGAAAGUUGGUGACUUAUACUGGAGAGCUCUUAAACAUUUGAAUCCUAGUUUUGUUGAUGAUUUCAUCAGUCAAUAUACGUUAUUCCAAACUGGUCACCUCGAUGUUUAGUUUAAAUUGUAUUUUUGUUUUCAUGAAAAUGAUUCUGUCACUAGGACAAUUUCAAUAUUUAUAUAUAAAUAUGACGGCCACAAAGUUGUCUAGUUAUUUCUGAUAAGCUAAUAAUUAAAG